UGCCUUUGUGCUUCACUUGCUCAGUUCAGUGUGUGUCCAAGCCAUCUGUAUUUGAGUCUUCGGCAGAGUGUCUGCAACAUUUUUGUGCGGUUGUCCUUCAUCAAUGUGAUCCAACUUGACAACUGAAACAACACCAUGAACUGGGCCUUCCUUGAGGGCCUCCUGAGCGGGGUCAACAAAUACUCCACGGCGUUCGGUCGCAUCUGGCUCGCCAUCGUUUUCAUCUUCAGGCUCUUGGUCUUCCUGGUGGCGUGUGAGAAGGUCUGGGGUGACGAGCAGAAGGACUUUGAUUGCAACACCCGGCAGCCCGGUUGUCACAAUGUCUGCUAUGACCACUACUACCCCAUCGCCUACACCCGGCUCUGGGCUCUCCAGCUGAUCUUUGUCACCUGCCCGUCCCUUCUUGUGACGCUCCAUGUGUCCUACCGGGAAGAGCGUGAGCGCAAACACCGCCUGAAGCACGGAGAAGAAUGUACACCUCUGUAUGAUCACACUGGGAAGAAGCGAGGGGGUCUUUGGUGGACCUACUUUCUCAGCCUGAUGUUUAAGAUUUCAGUGGAUGGUGUGUUUGUCUUUCUACUCUACUACAUCUAUGAGGCCACGUUUUUCCCACCGUUGGUGAAAUGCAACAUCGACCCAUGCCCCAAUGUGGUGGACUGCUACAUCGCAAGGCCCACAGAGAAGAAGAUAUUCACUAUCUUCAUGGUGGUGACCAGCUUCGUGUGCAUCUUCCUCAGUUUUUGCGAGGUCUUCUACCUGUGUGGGAAGAGGUUCUGGGAGUGCUGUAGAGCAGGUCGUGGUUCACCGAGAGAAAACUCCUUCAAGAUGGUCAGGACUCCUACGACAGUGAAGGAGAACUCAGCUUUCAAAGAGCCGGUAACGGAGAAGGCCAAGAUGUUCGAUAGUGAGAACGGAGAAACUAGCAACGAGGGUUCAGCCCCAGCGUACAACAUAGUAGUCACUUAAGAGACGUGUGUUUUAUGACUUUGACUUGUGAGAAAAUAACUAUGCAAAAGGUAGCUUUUUGUGUUUGUCAGCUAGGUUUAUCUGCAGAAUAUUAGUGGCUUUAAAGGAUAUGUUGUCUUUAAGGUCUUCAUUUGCUUUUUUAUAUCAAAAGUAUGUUUGUUGGUGCUUUUUAAAGGCUUGUCAACUUAAAUAACGAAUAUACACUAAAGUUGAUUUACUGCACUUUGUCUAUUUAUAUGAUUAUGUGUUUUUAUAGAUAAUUGUGUCAUCUGUAUGACCACAGAAUGAAAAUGUCUCAACUUAUCAUGAGCUGCAGUGUCAGUGCUUGGACAGAAACUGGCAAAUAUGUCUUCACAAUCACACAUUAUGUCAUGAACUUGAACGAGAAAUAAAGACGAUAUUUUCUGAAAUAGAAA